CACAGCAGCUUGGACCUUCUGAAUAAUAAGUCAAGUAAAGAGAACUUGCACUCCCUCUCUAUUCUCUUUGCUAUCACAUCCUUACAACUCACACCGUGCAAAUCUGCUUACUCGAACGUGAUGCUCGACUCUUCCCCAGUGGCAUUGCCUCCAGUGCCUCGCCCACUGAAGCGGUCGUCGUCGACGGCGUCGCUCCCUACGCCUCCCCGUACCCACCACAAAAGGCGUACAGCGCGCUCCAAGGCAUUUUCUGGGGAAAGUGAUGGAGGUGAUACUGCUGAUAGUGGCGAUCAAGUCGUACGGUUGAACAAGAAGCGGCGCAUCAGCGACAUCCAGGAGGAAGAGGAGGAAGACUUCGACGACGAAGACAUCUUUUGGGCUGGUGGGAAGAGCACAAAGGCAGCAGGAAGCUCGUCCGAGACCAAGAGCGCUUCAGUAAUACGACGAUCAGAGUCGCCUGUUGGUUCUCCUCUACCGUUGCUCUUCCGCAAAAGAGAACGAGCACAGUCGACCUCUUCCCUUGUCUCACCGCCGCCUUCAUUCCGAAAGGCCAAGACUGCACCUGCAAAGGGCCCCCUUUUUCUGUCGGCGAGUCCAAGCAACACGUCACCACCACGGACCCCAAAAAACAAAGCUCAGUGCCCCAUCCGAGAUCCUUCCAACAACCCUUUCCUGGAUUCACCUGGUGGCCUCGACGAUGCUAGUGACAACGACGAUGAUACUACGUCGUUGUCCGAGCGGCCUUAUGAAGAAAAGCCUACCGUUACAUUCGUUUAUCGCGGCGUUCGAAAGACGUUUCCAAACCCCUACUAUGAUCCCGUCAAGAAAGGCCCCGUGUCUCCCACUCCCAAUUCUCUGCUUCCACCGGAGCACAUCGACUUCUCCCCCGACCUAAGGUGCCCUCCCAAAGUCCUGUUCCCUAAAAAGAAACACCGGAAAAGUACCAAAGUCGGCACAAGCAAGGCAUCCGCUGUGCUUUCUGACGUGUUUGCAGAUGAUAGCGAGAGCGAGGUCUCGCUUGAGGUCCAACCCACCAAGCUGUUUGCUGAUGAGUUGAAGGCCACAGAACGAUCCAAGCGGUAGAUGUUGGCCCAUGAAUCAAAUGCUCUUUGGCAUUGAGUUGUAGCAUCGUUCACGCUGCUGAUUCCUUUCUCUAUCUACCCCUCACUGACUGUUUUCUUCCAAUCUUCUCUGCAUCGCUUUGUCACGUCUUUUUGUGAGUGUCCCACUCGUUAUUUUUGUUCUCUCAUCGCUGUUUUUUCCUCGAGUCAUCUUUCUUGUACAUGUUCAAGUAUUGUUUUGCGACACCCUUUUUAUGAAUAUCUGCGACACCUAUUUCUCUACAUCCUAUCCGCGUCCAAUGCCAUUUUCAAUAAUCCAUUUCACAUUCUCUAGAUAGUUUGUUGUUGACAAUGACAUUCUUAAAAUUUGGCACGAGAUGUUUCAACCAUAACAUAACAUACAAUAGUCGAUAACGGCGAGCUGGAUGCAAUCCGUCAAAGGCGACGU